AUGGAAGGUAGGAAACUCUCCAAGAAACAGCGGAUGGCCAAAAACGGCGACCUCACGAAUGAAGAUGAUGCAUACGAUGCCAUUUUCAGUGGGGAUUUUGGAUCGAUGGAGAUCGGUAACUACAUUGGUCCCAACGAGGGCCAAACAGAGCAUCUACCGAAUGCAGUAGAUUUUGAAGAUGAAGACGAACUGGCAGAUGAAGAAUUACCGGAUGAAACGCAAGCCAGCCAUAGUAAUGAUCCUGAACACAGUAAUGACGAUUACAUGACACUAAUGGGUGGUCAUGGUGCUAUUCUGGACGGAGGUAACCAUAAUGGGUACCACGAUCAGAAUAACACACUCUUUUUGGGAAUCGACGAACACAGUGGGCCUUACCCAGAGACUGAACAUCAUGUUUUUGGUGGGUUUGCCGACGAGAAUCAAGUAGAGCUGGAAGAGAAACAGAAGCGGGAAGAACAGGAAAGAGUGGUACGAGAACAAAAAGAGCUGCUUACUUAUUAUUUUCCAAAAUUUCAAAGGGGUAAAAACCUCAAGCUACUCAGUAUAGUACCGAGACAGCUUGCUCAAUACCAAUGGCAACGUGAACUUUACCUUUCAAAUAGACACAUAAGGCCGUUCAUGCCACUCAAGCUCAAGUUUGAAGUGCAACCGGACUCGCGUCGGCUUUUUCGCGCUAAAAGCAAAAACUGGCAGGUCAUAACCCAGCAGUCUAAGCGAAAGAAAUCGGGUCUCGUUACCGUUUCGCUAGAUGAAAUAUAUGGAGAUAGUACGGUGCGACAAGAAGGCAGGAAAAGUGACGGCAAAAUACCGGAAGAGCUGUUAAUCAUGGCCGAUGAUUGGAACUACGAGAAGAUAGUGGGCGAAUCCGACACCGAACCCGAAAACAUUAAGCCCGAGAUCAAAGAAUCGGCAAGUCAAAUUUUUCGUGAUCACAGUGUUCCUGCGACACAAGGUGGUCCUAAUUGGGAUGAAGAAAACCUUAUCGAAGGUAAAAUCUAUCAAAACAAAUUGUGUCUCGAUAUGAAUGAUGAGAAACUGCUCUUUGUACCAAGCAAACAUCACGGCAAAAAAGACGUUAAUUCCAAUACAGCACUACUGGCUUUCAAUGAAAAGACCCUCACGCAAAAAUUCAACAUUUCUAAUGAUCACAAAUACAAAAUUCUGAAAGAAAACUAUCAAACUAAGAUUCGGUCUACGAUUUCGAACCUCACGAUCGAACACUCACAACCUGCUCUCAGACUUCAAUCUCCAUUUUACAAGGUGGUACCGCCUAAGAACACGAUCCGCAGCUUUCACAGACCGCACUUUGGCAGUCUGAUUCGUCCAGGAACUAAUAUUGUGUUGAGCAAGCUCAAAGUGCGCAAGAGAAAGAAGGAUAAGGGCAAGGAUGUUCGAGAGCUUUUUUCAAGAAGCCACGACCUUACUCUGGGAGAUAGUGCUCCAAUUUUUCUGAUGGAAUAUUCCGAAGAAACUCCUAUGGCCUUGUCAAAAUUUGGGAUGGGUAACAAGUUGAUCAAUUAUUACCGUAAAACCCACGAUAAAGAUAUUUCGAGACCAAAAUUACCUGUUGGUGAAACACACGUUCUUGGUGUUCAGGAUAAGUCGCCCUUUUGGAACUUUGGCUUUGUUGAGCCUGGAAAUGUUGUGCCGACGUUGUACAAUAACAUGAUCAGAGCACCAGUUUUUAAACACGAUGUGUCCCGUACCGAUUUUCUGCUUGUCAGAAGCACUGGCAAUGGGAUGGGUAACCGCUUCUAUUUGAGAAACAUGAAUCAUCUGUUUACAGUCGGCCAGACUUUUCCUGUCGUCGAAGUGCCGGGUCCUAAUUCUAGAAAGGUUACGUCCAUGGGAAAGAGCAGACUUCGGAUGGUUGUAUACCGGAUCUUAAACAAGUCGUCAGAGCAUAGGCUGUUAGUCAAACAAGUGGCGAGGCAUUUUCCAGAUCAAAAUGAUAUGCAAAAUAGGCAAAGACUAAAAGAAUUCAUGAAGUAUCAAAGAGACGGAGAUGAUCACGGUUUUUGGAAACUUAAGGAAGCUGAAUCAUUACCAGACAAUGAGAGUGUCAAGAAAAUGAUUGUCCCCGAGGAUGUUUCGUUGACAGAGUCCAUGUAUCAUGGUCAGCAAUUUCAAGAAGACAAUGAGCAGUUUAAUACUGAUGAGAAGCUAAGCAAACUAGAGGAAAAUCUUAUACCAUGGGCAGCCACUAAAAACUUCAUGAACGCGACGCAAAUGCGCGCUAUGGUCCAAAUUCAUGGUGCCGGUGAUCCCACUGGUUGCGGAGAAGGCUUUUCGUUUUUGAAAACUUCCAUGAAGGGAGGGUUUACAAGAUCUGGAUCAGAGCUGUCUCAACAGCAGAUCGCUGGAGGUCAUAGCUAUAAUGUCGCUCAACAACAAAAGGCAUAUGAGGAGGAAAUCAGUAAAACAUGGUACACGCAAGCUAAAAGCUUAAAAAUUUCGAAUCCUUUCGAGGAGAUAGAAAACCCAGAUGUUGUUAACAAAACAAACAAAAAGGUAAAGUCGCAUCGUUCAGACAAUAAGGUGCUAAGAAUUGUACGGAAAACGCGAGAUGAAAAUGGAAUUAUUCAGAGACAAACGGUUGUAAUUAGAGAUCCAAGAGUGAUUCAAGGAUACAUUAAAGCUUACGAAAAGAAACGCCAGGAAGCUGAAGCCAAUCUUGGUCUAGAAGAAUUGAUGAACGACAAUAUCGAUCUGGUCAGUGGAGAAAACACUGAAGAGAAACAAUUGAAACAGAAGAAACUUCUUGAAGAGCAGCUAGCCAAGUUACAAAAAUCGCAAGAGAGAAGGCAAGCUCGCAAGUUAGCAAAAGAAAAGACCACGGACGGCAAAGUGUCCAAGUCAAAAUCCACAAACAGAAGGUGUGCUACAUGUGGCAUGGUGGGACACAUCAGGACAAAAAAGACAUGUCCCAUGUAUAAUGGUUCUGCGGGGCCUGGAAUGGGAGGAGCGCCUGCUACUAAUGGCUCUGCCGGAAGCCCUCCGGAAGGAUCAGCGGAGGUCAAAGAUGAGGAAUAG